UAUAUAUAUAUAUAUAUACACACAGACACACGUAUCAUAUGUCUUGUGGUGCCAAGAUUUACUUUCUUUAUCUUACCAUCAUUUUCCUGUACAUCUCUCCAAACAUUUCUACCUUUACGGCAAGGAGAAAACAAAACGAAUCACUGGUACAAAUAAUGUUCCAGCGAUUCGUUUUUUCGUACAUAUAAAAAUAUAUAAACAAAAAAUUAAAAAAAAAAAAAAAAAAUCUGGCUAGGAAGAUAAGCAAUGGCAUUUGGUAAUAACAAGUCGUCGAUUAUUCUCCUUCUUCUCUCUAUGAUAUAUUUUGUCACCCUUAUCCCAAAAUCGCAUGCUGCAAUUGCAAAGUACGACGACUAUUUGCGUAAAAAGGCUAACGAGUCAUUUGCGGAGUCGUUGAAGGCAUUUGACCCCAACCCUGAAAAAGUAGCCGAUGAAUUGAAUGAACAAGUUGGCGAGACUUUGGUACACGAAAAUCUAUCAAGAAGACACCUCAAAGAAGAAAACGACUGCAAGGCCACAAACCCCAUCGACCGAUGCUGGCGGUGCGACGGCGACUGGUCCAAGAACCGUAAAAAGCUGGCCGAAUGCGUACGCGGAUUCGGCCACCGCACCACCGGGGGCAAAGACGGAAGAUACUAUUUAGUCACCGACCCGUCAGAUGAUGACAUGGACAAGCCCAAGAAUGGGACCCUCCGCCACGCUGUCAUCCAGUCGGAGCCACUGUGGAUAAUAUUUGCCCGCAGCAUGGUCAUCCGUCUUAAGCAGGAGCUCAUAUUCGCUAGCGACAAGACGGUCGACGGGCGGGGCGUACGGGUCCGGAUCGCGUACGGGGCGGGUCUCACGCUCCAGUUCGUCCACAAUGUGAUAAUCCAUAAUAUAAGGAUCCAUAAUAUUGUCUCGACGCCAGGUGGCAUGAUAAGGGACGCGGUGGACCACAUAGGGCUGCGCACGGUCAGCGAUGGUGACGGCAUCAAUGUCUUCAGCUCGAACAAUAUAUGGAUAGACCAUGUUUCGCUGUCUAAAGGGACCGAUGGCCUCAUUGAUGUCAUCGAGGGGUCCACCGCUAUCACCAUCUCCAACUGUAAAUUCAACAACCACAACACUGUGAUGCUAUUGGGAGCACAUGAUAAUAGUACUAAAGAUACGAUCAUGCAAGUCACAGUGGCAUUCAAUCGGUUCGGAAAAGGUUUGGUACAGAGAAUGCCGAGGUGUCGUUGGGGUUUCUUCCACGUCAUCAACAACGACUACUCAAAGUGGCUAAUGUACGCCAUCGGGGGUAGCUCCAACCCCACCAUCAUCAGCCAGGGUAAUCGCUUUAAGGCCUCCGAUAAUCCAUUCACCAAACAGGUGACGAAGAGGGAGUCUACAGAGAGCGAAUGGAAGAAAUGGCAGUGGCGGUCGGAGGGUGACAAGUUUGUGAACGGGGCCUACUUUCGUGAGUCGGGCCCAAAGGUUAAGCACACUAUAAGUCCGUUGAAGGAGAAGAACUUAAUCAAGUUCAAACCGGGUUCGUAUGCGGGUAGGCUCACACGGUAUGCCGGUGCACUCAACUGCGUUGCUGGCAAAUCAUGUUAAAAUUGUAUACUUGGUAAAUUGUUUUCGAUUGUUUUCUUUGUGGUGAAGAAAACAGUUGGAGGUUGUGUAAUUAGAAGUCCGAAAGGUUCAAAGGUGGAUGAGACAGUAUAUGUGUCCCUUUCGUCUAUGUUUGUUGCAACAGUUGAAAUGGUUAUGAAAAAUAUUCGACUUCUUGAUUCUUCUUUUUCUUUUUCUUUUUAUUUUUUCGAGCAUAUUGUUUUGCGUUUGUUAACAUUUGCGUUUGAAUGUGCCGCUCUAUUUUCUUGAUUGAUCUGUCGUAGCUUCCUGCGAAUGAUACCAAGAGAAUU